GUGACCGUCAGGCGUCAUGUACACUACUACACUCUCCGAAAUAAUGUUAUCUGAAGAUCCUCAUUUAUAUACUCUGUCCUACACUGUGAUUGUCCCAUCCAGUCGUGUAGCUUGUGGCUGAGGCCGGAUAAGAGACAGCGAGAACCAGCUAUAGCGGUGGGCCGCGCUGUGGGUUAUUCAUGUCCGCGCCUGAACUCUCCCGCCAACUUCGUCUCAUCCUCGAAAGCUCGCCAGAUGCGCCAUCGCUUCCGACGCUCCUGGAAAACAUCGACGCCUACGUGCAAGAGUAUGCUAACGCUCCAGACGCGGAAGCAGUUUCCCUCCAUGUAGAGGACAGGCUGCAGACCAUCUGCAGCGACGUACUCGAUCACUCGGUUUGCGCGCAGUUGGAGGUAUUUCUAGCCGUACUCUACCAUCUCCUGCCAGUACUGCCCUCCCUCUCUGUUAUUUCUUCUUGGUUUGAAGUGGUCAUUCGUCCUGCCCUUCGAGAACCAAAGCUUGCGACCUCGGCUGUAAACCAUGCAAAGGAGCUCAUCCUCAGAACUCUUGAACUGCCAACCGAGGCUGACGGGAACAUUGGGGAUGAAGAGAGGGGGCGAAGGGAGGAGCUUAUUGGCAAUUUCAGAAGAAGACUGAUGGACUUCUACCUCCUGGAUGCAUAUAAUGAGAGCUCAGGUCACGAUGUACUCGAAUGGGCUAGCCUAGACGAUCUCUCCAGGGAGAAGAAGGCAUGCUGGAAAGCAAAUCUCGAGGAUGUUCUCAUCAAACUAGGUCUGCAAAGACCUGAGGAUCUCUUGACGGAGGUGUUCCGCUGCUUUGCAUCCCCGCCGUCGCGUUUGCAAUUAUUAUUGCUUUUGAAUUCCUUUACUUCACAAGCAAAAUUCCCAGACGUGGCUCAUGUCAUGGCGUCGCACGUCGUGACACAGAGUCUCCUGUAUUCGUUCACUUUCGAUAACUCCACCACAUUAUGCACCAUUGGCCUGACAAUGUUGACAAAGCUCCUUCCUAUAUUCGCUGUGAAGGCCUGCGAAGAUCUCAAACGAGUGCUUCCACAGUUGCUCAUCGUCCUAGCGCGUACCAUUUGUUGGAAGCAACGAGCCCAAUCGAGCAUACAUGACCUUACACCUGAGGACUUGGGGAUGAGCUCAGAUAUUGUCGGCAACGUCGUGGAGAGCACAGGUGCUGAAGAUACCGACACCAUGGCCAACAGGAAUACAUUACCUAUACGCCCCGACUUGGAUUGGGAGAGGUUGGAUCUGGUCUUCUAUGGAGCAACACCUGUCCCUCCCUCCCCUCAUCAAUUCUUCCAGUUUUUGUAUUACUUAUUUCCCUGCAACACACUGCGCUUCCUUCGCUAUCCUAUAUCAUAUCUCACAGAAAAUAACGUGGAAAGUCCCUACACUGUGACGUGGGAUGAUGCCCUAGACGAGGACAUGAUUAGAAGCAAGAGCGAGUCCCUUCUCCGUGGGCACGUAUUGCAUCCACUGCUCAUUUGGCGAGAUGCCACCUCCGAGCUUGCGCAACCUGAUUUCUGGAAUCAAUAUGAUAUUCCUCGAAUCGUCGGGGAGUGCACUAUGCUUGAUGUACGACAUGCAUCCUUAGGAUUGCGCCAGCAGCAACUUUUCGGCGCAGCCAAACCUGCGUUUGCACCCGCAUCUGCCACUUCUUUACCUGAGUCAAUCAAGGUUGCAGAGCCCGCUUCUGUGUCCACGUUGUCCUCAUCGGUUGAGAGCUCUACUUCGUCGGUCUUGGCACAUGUGCAUGGCACGGCUGCCCCUCGAAAAACACGAAUAUCGUUGCAGGAAAUGAUCAAUGCCUCUAUUGCUCUCAAGUCCGGAUUGGAAAUCGAGAUUGUAGACUCGAUGCCAACGUGGCCCACAGCCCUGUUCCAGCAACCUCGGACAACGUCAACGACACCUUCGCUUGUUGUUCAUACAAGGCCCACCACUCCGGAUACUGUUUCUCUCCCUGGACGAGCGACGGACGAUGUGCCCUCUCAUGUUGCACAAGCCAUCGCUGAGUUACAGCGGGAGGUCCUUCUGUUGAGGAGUGAGCUGAACUUUGAGUUGUGGAUGGCGAGAGAAAAUGUCAAGCAUAUUGGUCGAUUGUACCACGACCGUGUGCUAUCACGAAAUGCUGAGGUCGAACGACAGGGUCUGCAUAACAAAAUGCGCGGUUUCAAAGCCGAGGUCCAGCGGCUGCAGAAGGAGCUGAAAGACCACAAGGACCAGACGUUGACAAUGAAGAACCAGUAUUUGGAUUACAACCAAAAGCUACAGGACAAGCUUCGUGAGCUCAGGGCAGAGAAGUCGUCUUGGCAAGCAGAGGCAACAGCUAUGCGUGCAGCUGAUAAGGAGUCAAAGGAUACGUUCGCUGCCCAAGGCAAGCUAUUGGAUGAGGCUACCCACCGCGUCUUCCAAUUGGAGACUACGAUCAAGGAGAAUGCGCACAAGAUCGAUAGACUUCAUGACUAUGAACGACAGAUUGAACAGCUGGUGAAAAUGCAGCGGUUAUGGGAAACAGAUGUCCACCAAUUGAAUGAACAAAACGAAUAUCUCAAGAUCUUUACGAACAAGUAUAGAAAAAUGGAGCUGCAAGUGGAAACUUACGAAUCCAUCUUGGCUAAGAUGGAGGAAGAUGCAAAACACCAACGUCUCCAGGUACAGACACUGGAGUCGCGCCUAACCAUGGCUCAAAAGCAGGUGGACGUAGCACGUCGCAUGCCUUCGUCGGCUGAUCUUUCUCAGUACAACGAACAAUCACAGAAACUGUCAAAAGCGAACGAGCGACUGAGAGAGGAAAACGCUGAACUUCGAGAUGAAGUAGAGGAGAUGAAGGCGAUGGUUGAGUCGUUGAAGGCGCGGAUCACUGGCCUUAAGGAUCUGACCAGCUCGCCCGUAUCGUCUCCUUUGACCACACAUGCGUCUCCAUCUGGACUGUGACAGUGACUACAAUUGUACAUCGACGACGGCAGGCAUGAAGUAAGAUCAAUACCAACAUUUACGUGCGCUCCAUAUCAUUGUACACUUGCAUCUGAUUGUGUCUAUAUUUUGCUUUUACAACUUGUAUCACUAGUAUUGGUUCAAAUACAUCGCGAGCUUUCAUGAGAUAUACUGUUGGCGCAAUGGACA